GUGCGCCUGGCCAUGGAGCGCGAACGUCUCAUUGACGCCAUCAAGGAGGAAGAGGAUGCUUCCACGGCUGCUGAGGAGGAGCCCGAAGCAGAUCUGCGGCAAAGCCGGCAGUCUGCCCUGCAGGAAGGCAUCGAUGCGGUGACAGCCAUUGAUGAGCCGCAGAAGAUGGACUCGGGGGGAAGCAACGCCUUGAACAAAUUGCGCAUCGGCUGCAUUCGCUGCGCCGGAGAGGAGGAGGUUUUCGUGCAAGAGGUGGAGCAUGCGCCCAAUGUCUUCAACUUCCUGUUCAGCUUGGCGAAGCAAAAACCUGAAACGAUUCAGGGCGUGGCUGAGGUGGCAUGCGUGGAAUUGGUAGGGUUUCAGGGUUUGAACCCAUAG